AUGCUAGGUGCUUGCAUUGUGGUAAGGAGGUGUUUUAGACCAGUUGGUGCUCACCUUGUUGGCGGAAGAUCCAGCUUCAUCCCUUAUCAUGGCCAACACGCCCGCUCGAGUACUCACACAUCGCUUGCGGGCGCAGGGCCGACUUCAGCUGCAGCCGGGCUGAAGAACAACAAUGCUUCGGAAACAAAGAAUUUCGAGGCGUCCAUCAACGAUGCGACAGCGCACAGAGAAAAAGAUCAAUCGUCCUCGACUCUGGCAGAAACUACCGUCAAACCACACAUCAUAGGAAAAGAUCGAGGAGUUAACGAUCCAAAUUCCACCAAUGAACCCGAGAAGGCAGGCACUAAUUCGAAAGCUGUCUUUUGGGCUUCUCCAUUCUUCCAAUCGUACCAGGGGGGUGAGAACAGGUCAACAAGGCAUGCAGCGGAGGGUGUUUAUGUAUCACGAACUACCGGCAAAGAUCUGGAGGGAAGCUCAACGUCGAGCAGGGAGAACAAAAGCGAAGCUCCUAAGCAAGAGCUUGACACAGUACGGCAUUAUCCCAAUGCUGCGCAGAACGAUAGACGUGGAACCUGGGUUGCGGAGGGUACGCCACCCCUGCCAACCCAACAAUUCCAACUUCCUGGACUGCCAGGAUCAAGAGAAGUUCGCUUGGGGGAUCUAAUAGAUGUUCAACAAGAGCACGAAGUUGAUAAGCCAGCUGCUGGAGUGGAGCAGCAAAUGAAAGACACCCUAAGGCAGCACUCUCAGAACUCACAGUCACAGAACAAUGCUUUUGAAGGGGACAACCAGACAACAUUGAAGAUCUCGCUCUGCACAGGCUCAUCCACAGAAGAUCAACGGCUAAAUGAGAAAGGAGAAAGGAUUGACCACGGGCGCCGCUUCCAUGAGGCAAUCCGCGCGGCCUCGGUCGAAGAUAUCGAACAGAAAUUGCACCACACUGCACAUCACAGGCCCAACGUGGAUGGAGUGCAAUUUAUGCUCAGCGAGCUCAUCAAAGUCCGUCACGUCCAGCCGCAAGCUCACCACUACGAAGCCCUGAUCCUUGCCAAUUGCGAAGCGCACCACGGAUCCGCCCUUGCACUCCAUCCCAUCUUGGCCGAAAUGGAGAGAGAAAGAAUUGGCAUUAGUGCAUCCACCCUGAGCGCCGUACUCAAAGUCCUCUCCAUCCAUCCAGACGCCCAACUCCUACCUCGAAUUAUUCAAGCUUUCUUCUCCCAGUGGAUCUCUCUAUCCGUAACCAACACAGUACAUCUAAUCCUCUGCCUGACCCGUCUCAACCAAUUCGAGCUCGCCAUCGCAAACCUCGAACAGCUCAUUUCCACCUCUCCUCCAAUAUCACCGCUACUCCAAACCGCCAUCCCGCAAUACCUUUACACAACCAUUCUCUACCGUCUCGCCUCCCCAGCCAUCGCCGAUCACACUGCAAUCCUGCACCUCCUGUACCUGCUACACGACAACAACUUCCCCAUCAGUAACGUCUGCAUCUCCUACAUCCUCGACUCUGCCGCUGAAGCCCUCCAUCUCGAUCUUACUCUCUAUCUCUGGCGCAGCCACGUCGACACGAACUAUAUCAUUCCGAACACGGGGCUUUGCCGGAAUGCCCUGCUCACUGCGACGAGGAAUGACAAUUCAGAGCUGAUGGAGAAGGCGGGUGGGUGGUUAGAAAGCAGAGGCGAAAUGGGUGGUGAUGGGGUUGGGGUUUGGGGGAUCGGGGAGUUGGAGAUGGUGAAGGAGGCUUUCGGAGGGUUAGAUAUGCAGUCUGGGCGGGCAUUAGGGGUAGCGGGUUUCAAGCAAACUACGAAGAGGAUUGUGAGGUUGAGGAGGGUGGAACAGGUGCAGGAGGAGCGAGAGAUGAAGGUUGAGGAUCAGAUAGAAGAAGAGGCUCAGAACGAUGAACAGGCUGUAGCUGAGACUGAGGACGACAAUCGCCAAGUGGAAGAGCGUGACACGGAAGGAAAGCUCGAAGUCCAGCCAAGAUAUGUAGCUGGGUUGAUACGGAGGCAGAGGCAUAAGGUGUCGCCAGAGAUCAAAGAAGAGGAGGAAGAGGAGAGGCACCAGGGGAGAGAGGUUGACGAUGUGGAUGACGAAGCGGGAGAGGAUAAUACGAAAGGAGAGUUCAAAGUACGGCUGAGACGUGUAGCUGGUUCAAUAAUUUACAAGCUAAGAGCAAGUUAUCAACGGAUAACAGGGAUGAUGCAUGAGGGGGAGCAGGAGAAAGAGGUGGACAGUGCGAACAAGGUGGAAGAACAGGUUGGACAACAUGAAGAGGCUGAGAAGGAGGAGAAGGAGGACGGGAGGGAUGGGGCAGAAGAUGAUAAUACGAAAUCAGAGUCCGAGGCACGACUGAGAUGGGUAAGGAUUGGGGUACAGAUACGGAGGCUGGAGUCCGGGGCGGCAACAGAUACGAGAGAGCCAAAACAGGAGAAGAAAAUGAAGAAAAAUAACACAAAAUCAGAGUCUAAGGUACGACCGAGAUGGGUAAAGGCUAGCUUAAAGAUACAGAGGCUGAAGUCCAGGGCGGCAACAGAUACCGGAGAGCCAGAGCAGGAGAAGGAAGUGGAAGAGGAUAACACAAAAUCAGAGUCUGAGGUACGACCGAGAUGGAUAAGGGCUAGGUUAAACAUACAGAGGCUGGAGUCCAGGGCGGCGACAGAAACUAAAGAGCCCGAGCAGGAGAAAGAGGUGAAAAAGGAUAACACAAAAUCAGAGUCUGAACCGAAGAAAAAGAAGAAGGGGGAAUUACGGCCAGGUCCAAAGCUAACCCCUGAGGAUGCUGGUGAAGAGACAGACAGGCAGAGGCAGCCAACAGGGCAAGCAGAACACGAUGCACACCACGGAGGAUCUGCAUCCGAGUCUGAGUCUGACCCCGAGUCCGAGGAACUCUGCACACAUGUAUUCGCUGGCUUGAGGUUGCGACGCACCCGACGACACGAGCGGAAGGAUCUGCUCAGAGUGGAGCAGCGGGAGAGACGAGACGCAGGCGGGAGAGGAAGGAGAAACGGCUGA